UUGGAACCGGAACAAACCCUUCAAACUUUUGACGCGCGUCAAUGAUUUAGAUAACAAAAUUUUACCUCUCGGUAUUUGUUGUUCAAAAUUUCGAGCCAUGUGAAUAGCAGACCAACAUCCAGCUAUAAUUAAGCCUUUGGAAAAUCUUCAAAAUUUACAAUGACAGUCGAAGGUCCGCUGUGGGAGCAAUGGGGCCCCUGCGACGCCCCGAUCGUCAUCCCCGACGACGACGUCAGGCUGCGCCUGGAGCCGUGCGACUACUACAAGAAGCGCCAGGAGCUGAUCCGCAAGCGGUACAUACCGCGGCUGAAGGAGGUCGAGCCGCUGCUCGGGCCGCUGCUGGCCCGGCUCGUCUACGACGAGUGCGACGUCGGCCUGCGCCAGUUCAUCGAGCAGGACGUGCUGUUCGCCCCCUACGGCGACAUGUGGAGCUCGCCCAGCGACCUGCUGCGCCAAAAGCUGGUGCUCAAGGCGCCCGAGAACAAGCUCCAGAUGAAGAACCUCAACCACUUGGGAAUUAUCGAGAAGGGAGCGUCUAUUGAGCAACGUUUCUUGAAGAAACUCCACCUGGACAAAAAGACCGCUUUGAAGAGGCAAAAACAAGAGUUGAUUGAAGAGUUCCAGAAGAGCAUCGAGGACGAAAUCAAAGCGGUAGUGGAGCGGGAACGGAACGCUUGCAGGGAGAAAGUAGCCCAAUUUAGUGAAAACUUCAAAUUACUACUGGAGGAAGAACUGAAGGAUACGACGAAGAAGCUGCGCAAGGAGUUCGGCGAGCAAACGGUGCAGCACGAUGCUCUGAACAAGCGCGAAGGGGACAUGAUGCUGGAGAGCGCCAUCGAGAACGUCACCAAGAACAUCACGCAGCACUUCCUCGACGAGCUGAGCAAAGAAGAGGAGGCCGUGGCUUACAAUUUGCUCAACCAAUUGAGGGGCAUCGAGGUGAAGAGGACUUAUUAUUUGGAGAAGCAAGAGGCGGAAUUCGACGCCAAAUUGGAGGCCAUUAGAUACAACCUCGAAUGCAGGAGCAUCGUUAACAUGUUCUACAUCAUCUUCAUGGAGAGGCGAAAGUGCCUCGAGGAAAAAGAAGCUUUGAAAAUGUAUUACAAAGACGAAAUAAACGACAUAUUCAAGAUCAUCGGCAGCAAUCAAGAGAAAGUCGAUAAAAUCAAAAACGAUAUCGAACACGUUUUGAAAGACAUAAAGAUCCGCGAAAUUUGCAUGUCGGAGAUCCUCAAGCGGUACCAAUCGUUCGUCAAGAUAGCGCUGAAGAACGCGCCGGCGCACGCCAAGUUCCUGCUGUCGAUCGAGAAGCUCCUGCUGUUCGAGCUCACCGAGACCCUGUCGAGGCUGAAGCCCUGCCCGGAGCCGGUGCGCGUCAUCGAGCCCGAGGAGGAGCCCGGCGAGCCGGCCACCGUCGUACAACCGGAGGUGAAAUCGGACAAAUCCGUCGCCAAGCCGGAGGAGGACAAGCCGUACGUGUUCGACAGCAAGUUGUACGUGAAGGAGAACUUCCGCAAAUUCAACGAGUACCUCUCGAAAAGCAUGGAUAAAGACGAUCUUUGGGGCAAAGACGCCGAUUUGUUCGUGGUGCAAUUGAAGAAAAGCGUACCGGAGAUGAAGAAGAAGAAACAUCAAGUACCUGAAGUGAAAGCCACCAAUUCCAUGUUGCUGCAUAUCAGCAAAAUGAUUUUCAACGAUGAACUAUCAAACACUCCCGCGAAAACUUCGGAACCGGAACCAAACAAAGAGGUUCAAUGCGCCGAUGAAAUCGUCAAGCAAGCUCUAAAAGAGGAAGAACCCAAUCGGUUAUCGAACAAGUUGAAAAGACCCAUCAAAUAUCCGAAGAUCGAAGAGGGCAAACCCAGCGCGAUAGACUAUUCGAAAAUCGGCACGUUCGAACGGGCCGCCAGCCUAUUAACCUCCGCCAAUUCCGUGGAGUUGCUCUAUCAGAAGGCGUCGAUGCCGCGCAGCGACGUCCCCAAGAGCGACGACGGCGCCCCCGUCAAAAAGGAGCCUGUCUCGAAGCGAUCUACCAAGAAGCACGGCUUAGCUCCGAAGAGGAUAAAGAAGGAAUCGCCUCCGAAGAGGGAACCGUCCAGCUCUAAAAAGGAAUUGUUCAAACAUUCGAGCGCGAUGUUGCCGCUAGAAGCUCGAGACUCGAUGAUCUUGCGGCAGUGUUCGAUGCUGAAACAAAGGACUAGAAGUUUCUCGUUGUCGCCUAGAGAUUCCAUUGAGGUGAAAAACGAGUCGAUGAUGUCGUCGAUGCUGAAGAAGCAAUCCUCGAAACUCCUAACGACUCGCGACUCCAUCGCCAUUCUGCGAGAAUCCAUGCUCGCGUUGGAGACGGCGGGAUUGUGCAGCAUCUGCCACGAGAAAUACUGGCCGAAGAUACCUCUCCUGCACAAGGAUUACGGUUGCGAGAAGUGCAGGAACCCCAGCAACGAGUUGCUGGAGACGAGGAGCAAGAGCAAAUUGGGCGAUAAGAACAGACCGUCGAAGCAGCUGACGUUGUCCCACAUCGAGAUCAUCGAAACCGAGAGGGAAUCGCCGGCUAACGUGGUCAUAUUGCCGGUGCCUACGUUGCUGAGUUCGAAGGAAGACGAGGCCACCAAGCCCGUUUUCCAGCCCUCUAAGAGGAUAGAGAAGAAAGGCAAGACGAAAGAGGACCCCUGCAGUAAAAUUGCAGCUCCAACGGCGAAAAUCGAGGGCGAUCCGACUACCAAUGAAUACGCUCAAGAUAACGACGAAUUCACCAAAGAUCGAAUUCGAUCGUUCAUUAAACUUAUGGACAAUUGCCCUAAUCUCAUUAGAUUGUUCACGUCCUGUCAGCAGUAGUUUAUUUUGUAUUGAAAUUUGUCAUAUUAAACAGUUUUCGAAACGUUAAUGAUGCUGUUUUUGGAGUCUCCUCCACGCUGUAGAGUAGAGACCGUUUUGAUUAUCUUUGGUUGCAUAACCAUCAGGAAUAUAAGUCUUCUUGCUCUUCGUAUGCU